AUGCUGCGGCGAGCCGUUGGCCAAGCAGCCACUCGACGGACCACACCGGCUCUUCUCUCCUUGCCCCGGACGGUUGCGCCUUCUUUCAGCUAUAGUGCCACACGCCUCCUCUCGACAACUGUCUCGCGCCGCAUGGCGACCUCCUCCGCUCCUUCGACAGCCGUUCUCCCCACCGUUGAACCACCACUUUCCAAAGUCCUGGCCAGCGAUGCCUUCCAGCUGCUGCCCGAGGCCGACAAGGCUGGUGCCUCCGAGGACGCACUGUACGAGUCGCAGCUGAAGGAGGUCGAGAAGUGGUGGGCAUCCCCGCGCUUUGAGGGCAUCAAGCGGCCCUAUUCCGCUGCCGACGUUGUUUCUAAACGCGGCUCGCAGGUCCAAUCGUAUCCCAGCUCCACCAUGGCCCGCAAGCUCUGGGAACUCAUCCGGAAGCGCGCUGCGGCUGGCGAGCCCAUCCACACUCUAGGUGCCAUUGACCCUGUUCAGAUGACUCAACAGGCACCCCACCAGGAGGUGCUCUAUGUCUCCGGCUGGGCUUGUUCGUCUGUCCUGACGACCACGAACGAAGUGUCUCCUGAUUUCGGCGAUUACCCUUACAACACCGUGCCCAACCAAGUCCAGCGCAUGGCCAAGGCACAGAGCAUGCAUGACCGCAAGCAGUGGGAUUUGCGCCGUAAAAUGACGCCUAAGCAGCGUGCUACCACGCCGUACGUCGACUACUUCCGCCCUAUUGUUGCUGACGGCGACACCGGUCACGGUGGCCUGUCCGCUGUCCUCAAACUUGCUAAAUUGUUCGCUGAGAAUGGUGCUGCGGCGGUCCAUUUUGAGGACCAGCUGCACGGCGGUAAGAAGUGCGGCCAUUUAGCUGGCAAAGUCCUUGUCCCAACGGGCGAUCACAUCAACCGUCUCGUUGCUGCCCGCUUCCAGUGGGACGUGAUGGGAACUGAGAACCUGGUGCUGGCACGCACAGACUCUGAGUCCGGUAAACUGAUAAGCUCGGCUGUCGAUGUCCGUGACCACGAGUUCAUUCUUGGCGUCGCCGACCCCAGUGUGGAGCCGCUCGCAGAGACACUGCAAUCGAUGGAGGCGAACGGCGCGACGGGCGCCGAGAUCGACGUCUUCGAGGCCGCCUGGGUCAAGAAGACCAAGAUGGUAACCUUUGAUGAAGCUGCUGUUGCCCACCUCAAGGCUGAGGGUGUGGCCGCCGCUGAUAUUACCGCUUACGAGUCCGCCGUGGCGGCAGACCGCGAUCUCGGCAUAACAAAGCGCCGCGCUCUCGCUAACCAGUACCUUAAACCAGGCCAUGAGGUCUAUUUCAACUGGGAUACGCCACGGACCCGUGAAGGAUUCUACCACUUCCGUAGUGGGAUGUCUGCCGCCACCAAGCGUGCUCUCGCCUUUGCCCCAUACGCGGAUCUGUUGUGGGUUGAGACUGGCGAUCCCAAUGUUCAGGUCGCUCGGGACCUCGGUCGUGCAGUGCGUGCCAAAUACCCGGGCAAGAGUCUUGUCUACAACCUGUCGCCGUCAUUCAACUGGAUGGCCCAGGGCUUCACCGAGGAGACGCUGCGCUCAUUCAUCUGGGACAUCGCCAAAGAGGGCUUCAUUUUGCAGCUGGUGUCCCUGGCCGGCAUCCACACCUCUGCGACCGCUACGUGCCAACUGUCAAAGGAAUUCAAGAAAGACGGCAUGUUGGCUUAUGUCAACCUCGUGCAGCGCCCUGAGAAAGAAAUCGGUUGUGAUGUCUUGACACACCAGAAGUGGAGCGGCGCAAGCUACAUUGAUGGCAUCAUUGGAGCUAUUCAGAGUGGCAGUUCUAGCAACAAGAGCAUGGGCGCGGGUAACACAGAAGGUCAGUUUGACUAA